AUGGCACCAAUUACACCCGCCGAAAGGCAAAAGAUAUUGUUACAGCAAGAAAUAGCAAAACUUUCAGGAGCUAUAUCCCGUCAUUCAUCUUCAACGACCCCAUCAUCAUCAUAUCAUCCUUAUCGCGGUAGACCAGCCGCGAGAGGAUAUCCAAUAGCCCGUGGAAGAGGUUCAGGUAGAGGUAGAGGAAGAGGUGCCUCAUACGCUCUCGAUCUUCGCUCAAUCAAUAAGCAGAGUUCCUCCGCUGAGCCUUCCAGACCUUCGAGUUCAGCUUCCACAUAUGCUGCUCCCACUCAAGAAGAGAAGGAAGCUGGGGAAGUCGAUCCUUCGCCACCUUCCUCAGAACCUCCUGUUGCCGGCCCAAGUGGAGCUUCAGCUGCCUGGGUUAUAGGCAAAGGUAAGAGUGGUAAUAUGAGCUUAAUGACCGCCGAGAAAAGUGCACGACUGCAGACUCAAAGACGGAACAAACCCAAACUUCCCCCUCAAAUACAAAUGCUCAACUCCCUUGCAACAUCAUCGGGGGACAAAAGGGUAGUGAUAGAUGGAGUGAUCUUCCAAUUCGAACAAGAUGGUAAGAAACUCACCCGAAUAGGAGAAGCACCGUCAUCGCCUUCAGGUUCUCGUACCCCCACGAGAAAAAGCUUGAACUUUGGCGGAGAGAAAUAUAGAAGAACCAGCAGAGGUAACCUAAUACUCAAACGGAACGGGUCAUCCAGCAAAAGCAAACAGCUAUGUCGGUAUUUCACCAAGACCGGUCGAUGCAAUUUCGGUCUAACUUGUCCUCACAUACACGAUCCUUCCAAAGUAUCUAUAUGUUCUCGUUUCCUUCGAGGAGCAUGUACUCUCGGAUCGUCAUGCCCACUGUCUCAUGUACCGUCAACACACAAUACACCUUCCUGCGUACGAUUCCAAGCCACAUCAACAUGCUUCAAACCCAAUUGUCUAUAUCCUCACGUUAAAGUAUCUUCUGAUGCUCCUGUAUGUGAGGACUUCGCUAGAAUAGGAUGGUGCGACAAGUCUCCUGGAACAUGUGAAAAUCUGCAUGUUUGGGAGUGCCAAGAGUUCCGCGAAAAAGGAACUUGUAGUAGAAAUGGUAAAUGUGGAUUGAGACAUGUAGUCCGAGCUGAAAAAAAUAGAUCUGAAAUCGUAGAGGAACAAGAAACAAAGGAAGUGGAUAUGGAUAAGAUAGGUGAAGGAGGAUUUGAAGAACAAGACAGCUUCAUUGAAUUCGAUCAAGGAAGCCCAGGAAUCAUAUCCGACGGGGAAGGUGAAGGGGAGAAGGAGGUGGAUGUAGAAGGUGAGGAGGAGGAGGAAGGAGUGACUAGUAGCGAAAGCGAAAGCGAAGAAGAAGAAGAAGAUGAUGAUGAUGGUGAUGACGGAGAAGAGGGAGACGAGGGGCAGGAAGAUAGUGAUGACCACGAGGAGAGCGGUUCCGAAGACAGUUCGGAAGAUAGUGAAACUGUUGCUAUCAAUGAUGGUAAGCAUAUCAACCCUUCAUUGUCCUCUGCUCAUCUUCCGUCCGAUAUGAUGGACACGGACGAAGUAGAUGAAGAUGCUGUUCUCGAUGUUGUCUUCUGA